UGAGAAAAAGAAAAAAAAACAGAGUAAAAAUGAACGAUUUAUUCUCUAAUUCAUUCAAGAAGAACCAGGCUCAACUGGGAGAUGUUGAGGCAGGUCAAGAAACGAUGAACCUCGACAAAUUCUUUGAGGAUGUCGAGAAUGUGAAGGACGACAUGAAAGGAGUCGAGACUCUUUAUAAGAAGCUUCAAGACUCGAAUGAAGAGUGCAAGACGGUUCACAAUGCCAAGAAAGUGAAAGAGCUACGAGCUAAGAUGGAUGGGGACGUAGGAAUGGUCCUUAAAAGAGUUAAAAUCAUUAAGCAGAAGCUCGAAGCCUUAGAGAAAGCGAAUGCUAAUAGCCGUAAUGUCCCGGGUUGUGGGCCCGGUUCGUCUACGGAUAGGACUCGAUCUUCUGUAGUUAGCGGUCUCGGGAAGAAGCUCAAAGACUUGAUGGAUAGUUUCCAAGGUCUGCGUGCUCGUAUGAACAAUGAGUAUAAGGAAACCGUAGAGCGCAGGUAUUUCACAAUAACAGGAGAAAAAGCAGACGAGCAAACAAUCGAUAACUUGAUAGCAAGCGGUGAGAGCGAGAAUUUUCUCCAAAAAGCGAUCCAAGAGCAAGGAAGAGGUCAAAUCCUAGACACGAUAUCUGAGAUCCAGGAGAGACAUGAUGCAGUGAAGGAGAUAGAGAAGAAUCUACUGGAGCUUCACCAAGUUUUCUUGGACAUGGCAGCUCUAGUGGAAGCACAAGGGCAACAACUAAACAACAUAGAGAGCCAUGUGGCGAAAGCGAGCUCGUUUGUGAGAAGAGGGACUGAUCAGCUCCAAGACGCGAGGGAGUACCAAAAGAGCUCCAGGAAAUGGACUUGUUACGCCAUCAUCCUCUUCAUCGUCAUCUUUAUCCUCCUUCUCAUUCCCCUUCUACCUCACAUAAUGCUCAUGUUGAAGAAGUGAAUUUGCUAGAGAGUUGAACUUGAUUCUCAAAAAUCAUCUCUUCGCUUGUUUUUUUUUUUGUUUUGUUAAUAUAUGGAAUGGAAUAGU